AUGGCAGACCUCAACUUCCCUCCUUUGGUAUUAGCAUCGUCCAGCUCAAGUAUAGUCGCCGUCGCAGGUGCUAUUCUCAUCGUUCAUGAUCUACAAACAUCGAAGACCAUCUCCUCACCUUCCGUUGAUAAUAGGGCUCAUCAGAAUGGGUUCAUUCGACAUCUAGCGGUCAGUGAAGAUGGGAAGAUCAUAGUCAGCGUCGGGGAUGAUAAGAGCUUGAAAGUAUGGGAUGUGGCACAAGACGAGAUCGAACUCAGGAGUACUAGAGGCCUCAUCAAGAAAGCUUCGUGUGUUACGUUGUCACCCGAGGGAUGUAUAAUAGUAUCAGACAAAGUAGGAGAUGUCUACCAAUACCCCCUAGAUCCCAUACCAUCCGACCCAUCAACGUCUAAACCGCCUAUGCACGCUAUGGUAUCCGAUCCGACCAAGAAUCCAGAAUGUGAUUACUUACUAGGUCACGUAUCAAUCCUUACAAGUCACCUGACCACAUCCGAUUCAAAGCAUAUCAUAUCAGCCGACAGGGAUGAACAUAUCAGAGUAUCUAGAUAUCCUAAAUCCUUCGUCAUGGACAAGGCUCUAUUCGGACAUGAUUCAUUCGUCUCCUCUCUCCACAUUCCCUCUACGCACCCAAACAUUCUCAUCUCAGGCGGUGGUGAUCCAUCAUUACGCAUAUGGGACUGGAAGACCGGAUCAUCAUUAUCCAAAGUAGACAUAUAUCCUGCUAUCUUACCGCAUAGGAAGGUCCGAAGUUACAUGAGAAAGAACAGAUCGAAAGGCAGGAUGAGAAAGACGGAUGAAAAUGCAUCUUCAGCACAGGAUGUGGAAGGAGAGGAAGAGACGUUCUACUCUGCUCCUGAGGGAUACAUCCUACCUUCGGGACAAGGUGUAUGUAUCAAAAAGAUUGAUAGUACUGUUGUGGGAGAUAAGACGAUAGUAGUGUUCUUCUCCGAAGGCGCAUCCGCCAUACAUUCCUUCAUCUUACCAUCCGACCUAUCUUCCUCACCCAUCGUGCAGACACAGUCUCUCCCAUACCCUAUACUGGAUUUCACAUUCUUACCCAACCAAAAUGGGAAAAUUCUACUAUCAUUAGAUACAGCUUGGGGAGUACUCAAGAAGAACCCUGGACCAGGCAUAGAAAGCAGACAGGAGGCCAUUCCACGUGAUGAUCUGACUCAGGAGGAGAAAGAGUCGUUGAAUGGCUUCUUCAUUGAAAUUCAGAUAGGAGAUAACGGCGAGCUAUCUGAAAUGUCUGAUAAUUUCUUCUCCUCAUCGAUCAUCCCCUCACUGCCUAAAACAGAUAUAAAAACACUAUCCAACCUGAAUCUUUACCCCCUAAUAAACAUCCUGCCCAAAUGGCCAGGUUUAGAGGAAGAAGGACUGGAAGGCGGAGACACCCCAACUCCACCAAUCGAAGAGGAGGCAGACGGCAUUUCACUCGCACCAACAUCAAUGACAGCACGUACGUUUGGAGGAACCAAGAGGAACUAUACCAAGGAAGAAUUGACGACGAUGAAUUCAAAAGUGUUGGGUAGGUUGAAAUCCCAGGGAGUAGAUAUAGGUAAUUUAUUGGUGCAAAGACAGAAAAAGGCCAAAGAGGAUAGGAAGAAGAAGGCCCAGGAGGCUAAUGAGAGGUUGAAAGUUCAGGAAGAACAGAGGAAAGUGAAAGCAGAGGAGAAGGAAUCAAACAAGAAGAGAAAGACUGUACAGAUCAGUGAAGAGGAGAUGGGUAAUGCUUAA